AAUCGUAAAGAAGUACUUGAACCCAUCCCAACAAUUCAUGAUAUGUAUCUUUCAUUUAUUUCACGAAUUCCCAAGGAAACUAAAAUAGUAUACGAUACACUUGGCUUCAGAUUGUUUCCCUAUAUAAUGGCACUAACUCUCCAUGUUGAAACCACAUUAAUUUCUUAUAACCAACAACAAUAAUGACAAACCAUCUUCAAGAUCCCUUACCUACUUACCCAAAACCGGUUUUAACCAAAGAAGAACAAGAAGUGGACGAGAAAAUGGUAAGCUUGCAAGCAGAGAGUAUCGUGAACACCGUGGCUUUCCCUAUGGUUCUCAAAGCCGCCUUCGAGCUUGGCGUCAUCGACACCAUCGCUGCUGCAGGAAACGACACGUGGCUCUCACCGUGUGAGAUAGCGUGUAGUCUCCCAACCAAACCCACCAACCCGGAGGCGCCGGUGUUGCUUGACCGGAUGCUGAGCUUACUUGUCAGCCACUCGAUCUUGAAGUGCCGUAUGAUUGAAACCGGAGAGAACGGUCGAACCGGAAAGAUCGAGAGGGUAUAUGCAGCCGAACCGGUUUGCAAGUAUUUUUUGAGAGAUAGUGAUGGUACAGGAUCUCUCGUGCCUCUGUUCAUGUUGCUCCAUACCCAAGUGUUUUUCAAGACUUGGACAAAUCUUAAAGAUGUGAUACUAGAAGGAAGAGAUGCAUUCAACUCUGCCCACGGCAUGAAAAUCUUCGAAUACAUAAAUUCGGAUCAACCAUUUGCUGAGUUGUUUAAUCGUGCAAUGUCGGAACCUUCCACCAUGAUCAUGAAGAAGGUUCUAGACGUAUAUAGAGGAUUUGAAGAUGUUAACACUUUGGUGGAUGUUGGAGGAGGAAAUGGCACUGUUUUAGGUUUAGUCACUUCUAAGUAUCCUCAUAUCAAAGGUGUUAAUUUCGACUUAGCUCAAGUUUUAACCCAAGCUCCUUUUUAUCCAGGAGUCGAGCAUGUAUCUGGAGACAUGUUUGUAGAAGUUCCAAAGGGAGAUGCCGUCUUUAUGAAAUGGAUACUACAUGAUUGGGGAGACGAGGAUUGUAUAAAGAUUCUGAAAAAUUGUUGGAAAAGUCUACCGGAAAAAGGGAAGAUUAUUAUUGUAGAGUUUGUUACACCAAAGGAACCAAAGGGUGGUGACUUAUCUUCUAACACUGUCUUUGCCAUGGACUUGUUGAUGUUAACCCAAUGCUCUGGUGGUAAAGAGAGAUCUCUUUCACAGUUCGAGAAUUUGGCGUUUGCGUCAGGUUUUCUUCGAUGUGAAAUCAUUUGUCUUGCUUAUUCGUAUUCUGUUAUCGAAUUCCACAAAUAAAUUUGGAAUUUAAGAAAGAAAAGAAAACAAUAUAUACGUAACUUUUUCUGUUUUGUUAAAUGGCUUUUAUUGCAUGUAAUAUAGUUUGGUAUUGGUUUGAGCCUUUUCAUUGUUCAAGAUUAUGGUUGUUUUAGUAUUAAUAAACGGUGUGUAAGAAAUAAAUUCGGAUAAGUAUAAAAGUGUGUAUUCGCAUUAGGUUUGUAAAUUACUGCUUGAAGCUUGAUCACGGGUUUAACGGUCUGACCAGGUCGGUCCGGAUUUUAAA